UGGAACCCAUAGUUUGGGGGCAGUUGAAAACGUCGCUUGAGGAAUCUAAGGAGCGGUCAGGUGGCGGGGCUUCUUCAGGGAAAUGCGUUAGGGCUAAUCUUUCUCCUCAGGGCUCUUCUGCUUAUGCUUUCCUUUCCAGUAAUAUUAAGUCGAGUAAGGAGUGUGCGUCCGAUCCCAGUACGGAAUUAGGUGACGACUCGAGUAGAAAUAAGAAAGACUUCAUUGCCUUCAUGGAGGGGGUAAAGGCUUCCAUUGAGGCCACCAGCCGGAAAAGUAAACAAACUCAACCUCAAAGAGAUGACAGUUCUAGUGGUGAAUUUAGUACGGAAUUAAUAGUUGAAGUUAAUUCGGUGCUAGAUAAACUGAAAAAUAACAUUUGUAAAUCUAAGAGCCAGACCUUCACUUGUAUGGAAGAACAAGGAGAGCCGGAGGGUCAGGACCCAGAACUGCUUUCACUUAUCGAUCGCCUCCAGGUGUCACUUGGAGGUGUCCUGUUGGAUCGUGAGGUUGACGAGGAUAGUAAACGAGUGGAGAAGGAUAAGGGGAACGGGCGGGCCGCAGCAUCACGAUCUGAUGGAAAGAAAGAUGCUGAAGACAACAACGUUGAAGACGUUGAGGGUGAAGAGGAGGAGGAGGAGGAGGAAGAGGAUGGGGAGGGGGAAGGGGAUGGCGAAGAAGAGGAAGAUGAAGAGGAAGACGAAGAGGAAGAAGGUGAGGAAGAAGAGGAGGACGAGGAGGAGGAUGAGGAGCUCGAAGAGCCAAAGACUGUUAUAGAAGCUAAUGAAGGCCCCAUGAGGAACUCCAGUGGAAUAAUUAAAUCUAGCUCAGCAGGAGCCCUCAACUCUCCAUCAUAUGGAUCAUCCGGAUCUGGAAGUCCCUUAGUCAUUACCGGUGGUCUCAAGUUUAGUGUUAACCUCAAUGACACGAAAGGUAUUGUUCUUCAAGUCGACGAACUCACAUCCAAGAAACAGCAAAGCCAGCUGCCCCAGUCUUCGGAGAACACCACAUCAAAAACAGGAACCAAUAGCCACCGUACUCUAGAGCGAGAGAACAGCCUCAACGAGGCCAGAGGUGUUCUCUCCUCAGCAAUAGGGAAAUGUAAAUCCCGCGAGGAGUUAGCAAGACAGCCAUCUUCUGAAAUCGACGAUGGGGAAGAAAUUCAUGACGAUAGCGAAGAUGUGUUUACAAGAGCACGUGAAGAUAGUGAAUCAGUGUCUACUAGAGAUGGCACACCGGACAGUAGGAUGAGUGACUCAGACACCUCCCGAAGGAAAGAGAAGAGAGAUAUUCCAUGGAAGAUCAGGGCAGCGAAGAAGCGGAUCGAGAGACCUACACCAGCUUUCAUGAAGGAUGAAAAUGCAUCCAUUAACAGUGCUUCAGUGUCUGUGUAUUCACACUUAGCAGGUGCUGCAAUUGUUUCAAAGCGACAGAAAGCCUACAACGAUUUGUGGGGCUCAAAACCAACACCUUAUCGCCUUCCAUUGCCUAAUGAAAGCCGUUCUGUAAGUAAUGUAUCCGAGAUAAAAAAGACCUGGCAAUCUGUUUUGCACUCUAAUUCAUUAGAACAAGUGGGAUAUAUACACAAACCUGUACAGUCAAAAACAGCUCAAGAUUAUAAGAGAGAGUACGGUCAUAUUGUCACAUCGUUCUCUGCAGGACACAUGAACCCUCAUAGAUCUGUAGCUCGUGUUACUCUGGACCAUACCAGUGAUAAGAGUGACUCCGAGGACUCCGAUGACGAGGGAGAGGUUUUCUCUAUCAAGCCAUAUGAAGAGAAGAUGGGAAGUAAAACUCAGGUUCCAGGAGUAUUUCACAAGCAGAAUGAGCAACAAAUUGUUAAACCAGGUGUUGGUUUCCAAAAACUUGAGAAAUCUGAUGUUCUUAAGAAGACUGAUUACUUUAAAGAAAAGGCUUUUGAAGCUCAGUCAGUUCCGAUAGCAGAAAAGGCUCCCGAGGUGAAUAAAAGACACAAAAAUCCACAGCAUCAGAGCCAACAGUCAGCUGUCCCUUGUAUUCCUGCACGUCAGCAGCUUAGCACUGUAGUACCAGUACUACCCAAGCGUCCAACAUCCCUAGCAAUUCAGCCAACAGUUCCAGAUUGUCGCCCUGGACACAUACAAUCAACUUAUGCACCAGAAGCACACACCGAGCCGCCACCACCACCCUUACCACAACGGGGAGAGCAUCCCCAGCCACCACCAGUGCCUCAACGACCAGACCUUCCACAGAGAAUGGAUGCUGGUCCCAGUGAUGCUAAUUAUCAGUACCAUCCACCUACAGCCAACCAGGUUCACAACGUCAGUUCCAGCAAGUCACUCUCAAGGUCCAAGUCAACCCCUGCUGCCAAUGUUGCGUCUGGUCAUCUGGAGUUAAAUAUCCCAUAUAGCAGUGUAGCCAGAAAAUCUAGGGGUAGUUUGGAAGAUACUAUGCAUACAGAUAUACACAAAGUGGGCUUUACUGCAGCAGUUGCUGAGAGAACUAUUAGAACUAACCAAGUGAGUCGCAUACAGGAUAUGAUUCAGAAGCAGGUCUCUGCGGGGGCUGAAGAAACUAACGCAGCUCAUUUUGUUAGGAAUGAAAUCUCACGAACAAGGAGCGCAGGGUCUGUUGCCGGAAUGGUCAAAAACGUCGAUAGUAACCAAAAUGAAUUUGAAACACAAGGCAAUUUUGAGGACCUUCAAAACCAACACGGAGAGCUGGGCCAAGCAGCCAGCGCCAGUACAGGGAUGUCCGAUGAUCCAAGCUCCAAACUCUUCACCCCAGAGAUGCUAGUGAAAAUUGCGGUUCACAAAGCGGCUAUCAAUAAACAAUUGAGUUUCGGUGAGGAACAAAGGCGAUCAGGAAUGGUACGGGCGAGCUCAGCGGACGCAGGCGACUCGCCGCCCCCGCACCGACACACUCACCCAUACCGGCGCAUGAACACUGUAGGAGGACCAGAGACGGCUGCCACAGAGCACAAGAACACGGUGUGGAAGGGGGUGCACGAACACACCCGGGAACAGCAGGUAUUACGGAGAAAACAAGAGGAAGAGGAAGAGAAAAGGCAAGAGUCUCAAAGGCUACAACAGUUGCAGCAGCAACAAGAAAUGCUGCAACAGCAGGAAAUGCAAAAACAAAAAGAAGUACAAAGGCAACAAGAUUUGCAUAAACAAAAAGAAUUGCAGAAGCAACAGGACUUGCAGAAACAAUUAGAAAUGCAAAGACAGCAGGAAUUACAGAGGCAACAGGAUUCGCAACGUAAGAAAGAUAAACAAAAACAAAGGGAGCAGCAGCAGCAGCAAGAACUUCAGAGACAAGCUGAACUGCAAAAACAACAAGAAAUGCAGAGACAGCAAGAGUUGAAAAAGCAAGAAGAAUUUAAGAGACAUCAAGAGUUGAAAAAACAGGAAGAAUUUAAGAGACAUCAAGAGUUGAAAAAACAGGAAGAAUUUAAGAGACAGGAAGAGUUGAGAAGGCAGCAAGAGUUGCAAAGACAGGAAGAGUUGAGAAGGCAGCAAGAGUUGCAAAGACAGGAAGAGUUGAGAAGAAGGCAGCAAGAGCUGCAACGGCAGCAAGAGUUGCAAAGGCAGGAAGAGCUGAAAAGGCAGCAAGACUUGCAAAGACAAGAGGAGCUGAGAAGGCAGGAAGAGUUGCAAAGGCAGGAAGAGUUGCGAAGAAGGCAACAAGAGCUGCAACGGCAGCAAGAGUUGCAAAGGCAGCAAGAGUUGCAAAGACAGCAAGAGCUACAACGGCAACAAGAGCUGCAACGGCAACAAGAGCUGCAACGGCAGCAAGAGUUUAAGAGGCAGCAGGAGCUGCAAAGGCAGGAAGAAUUCAGAAAGCAGCAAGAGCUGCAAAGACAAGAAGAGUUGAGACGACAGCAAGAGUUAGAAAAACAACAAAAAGAGUUGCAAAUGCAGCAAGAACUACAAAGGCAGCAGGAAGAACUGCAGCAGCAGAUAUUAAAACAACAAGAACAGAUUCGCCAGCAGCAGGAGCUUAUAAAGCAGCAACAGCUUCUGCUACAGACCCAACAACAGAUGCACAAUUCUCCACCGAUCCAGUUGCAACCUUCCCAACCACAGCUAAGUAAUAUUUAUCAACCUGGAAAGCCUCUAAGUGCUGUCCAACAAGCAGUAUUGGAAGAGACCUCAAAAACUGCCGAGACAAAUGCAACUACAGUUGCACAACAGAUGCAAACAACUAACUUAGGGAGAGUUGUUGAAAGUCAGGAUCCAGUCCGACAGGGGCGUCGGCCUACUCGAGUUUCCCUCACACGACAGGGCAGUGUUGAAGGCGCUGCCGGGCUGGUUACCGCUGCACUUUCCCGCCAUCAGUCCCGUGAGGAACUAGUACGCCAGAGGAGUCAUUCUGCAUCCGGCAGGACUACUAGCCAAAGCUCCCAAGGCUGUGGGUCUAAUCCCGAUAUGGAAGACUAUUUUGGCGACUGUGAUACUGAAGCAAAUGAUGAUGAGGUCUUCGUGGGUGACAGUGCUCAUAAAAUUCAACAUGUAAGUGCUAUGCAAUUUGGCAUCAGUGCUGAAUCAGUUCCUAGUGCAAAAGAAGCAUCAUAUCCUGUUAAAGUUCCUUGGUCCAUCCAUAAUCCUUCACCUCAUGCAGUGCCAAAACCUCUGCCCAAAUCUCCUGCAGAUGUAUCAAGUCUCCGCCGUGUGCAAAGCCAACGAGGCUCACCAGGGCAAGAUAUACACAAAGUAGCAUCUCCUGAAAUGGACCGAGUCAAAAGUUCCUCUGUGUCUUCAUUGCCUGAACGGAUUCAGUCUCCACCUCAAAAUCCUAAAAUAAGAGCUUUCCAAAAGAAUUUUUCAUUUGAUAAUGUUUCCUUUAGUAAUCCAAGUUCAUCAGCAUCUUCACUUCCAGAUUCUCCUAAGCUUAUGCACAGCCCAGAACCAGUUCGUAAGGGUAUAUUUGGUGGUCGAUCAGCGUCCAUAUCGGAAACUGACAGAACAAAGAGUUCGUCAGUAACAUGUUUGAGUGUCCAUUCAAGUCAAGAACAGAACAGCUCAAAUCCUGUAAGAACUGGAAUCACUGGUUCUGUAUUCAACCCUGCAACACGUGACGAUGUUCGUACAAAAAGCUCGUCAUUCUCCACCCUUCAGGAACCUACACAUGCUAAGCCUCCAGCACAGAGUAUUGGAUUCCAAAAUGCUGUACUUGGACGUGUCACACAGUCUCUGAAAAGUGUUAAAGGUCCUGAUACAAAGAAUCAUCAAACAUUCCCACAGUCAGAUAAGUUUAGUUUGGAAGCCCAACCUGUUUCUAAGCUUGGCAGUACGCCUGCUAUGCCGUCUGUGAAGUUAAAAGCUUCAGACUAUGUGGUGCCUCCACUUCCAACAACUGCUAUGCGUCAACAACAGCUUCGAGACCAGCAACUGCAGAAAGUAUCCCAUUGGGGCAGUGUUUCCGAUAACACCAUGAAACCAAAGGCGUCCGAGUUCAGUGUUCCUCCACUUCCAACUACCAAUUUUCCUCCUCAACACGGAGUGUCUCGGUGGAGCAGCGUCCCAGAUUCUGUUUCCAAAACCAAGCCCUCAGAAACUGCAGCCCCUCCUUUACCUAUAUCUAGUAACCGUGGGCGGCUGCACUCUGCUCCUAGUCAAGAUCCCAGAGCGACAGGCCAAGAACCUUCCGCCUCACCUUCAAGUAACAAGAAUAUUUCCUCCACAACCAAUCAUUUUGAGCCUACAACCACAGCAUCCAAGAUGACAGGAGACGCCAAGACUUCCUCUACAGUGUCCCCCUUCGGCGUCUCCCGCACCUCCGUCGUCACCGACUCCCGCAGCUCCAACCAAGCAUCCAAUGUCCAAAAGAGUUCCUAUUCUUCAAGCUUCUCCACCUCCAGCACUUCCAAUUCAUCAUCUUUCAUCUCCAAAACCGACAGCAAAAAGGUUGUGUCUCCAUUUGAUAAAUUCAAGCAAUUGGACGCACAAACUUCCCCCCGCCCCGCAAGCUCUAAGUCGAAGUCUGCGGGUGGUGGCCCACUUUUCCAAUUAUCCAGUCAACUGAGUCGCAGCGCCUCUGGGGUGAAGGAUAUGCUGCUGACGUGGUGCCAGUGCCGCACCCGCGACUAUAAGGGAGUAAAGAUAGAAAACUUCAGCACAAGUUGGAAUGAUGGUAUGGCCUUCUGCGCUCUCAUCCACCACUACUACCCAGAUGCCUUCGACUUUGAUAAACUUGACCCUAAGAAUCGUCGUUACAACUUUGAUCUCGCUUUCCGAGUGGCAGAUGAGAAAGCUGGAAUUAUGCCUCUCCUGGAUGUUGAUGACAUGGUUAUGAUGAAGAAGCCAGAUUGGAAGUGCGUCUUUACUUAUGUCCAAAGUCUCUACAAGCGCCUUAAGGAUGAAUAAGCACAACUUUAAGGAACAAAAAGGUCAUGAAAUGCUCCCCUUCCCUGUUUUAUAAUGAAAGUAUUUCUAUUACAUUUGAUUAAGAGUACCAUGUACUUGUCCACUGUAGUACCUUUUGUGUGUCGUAGCUUCCAUGACAAAUACAUCCAACCAGGUGACCGUGUCAUCUGCACCCUGGAGUGUCUGCAGCUGUUGUGUAUGUAGUUGUUCAAUAGCAUAUUUGCACUUUCCCGUUUACUAGAUCUGAUAAAAUACCACUUAGUUAUAUGUAUUUACCGUAUUUAUUUAUUUAUUUCUUGUCCAUAUUCUUCUGGGACCAAAUUCAUAAAUAGGAUUUCAGUCAAGUGUGUUUCUACAUGACUGAUGAGUCUGGAAUACAAAAAUAGUCAACAAAAAUACUGUAUAAGAAUGUAGAGUGAGGCAGUAUUGGAAACAAAUCCAGAGCGUUAGAAGCCAUAUCAAUAAUUUCAUAGUGCUGAUCAUAUGAUACAAGUGCCAUGGGAGAUUCAUUAAUUUGAAAGACUUUCAGUAGCAAAUCACAUCCUAUAUGUCCAUAUAUGAUCUACCCUACUUGAAUAUCUUGAAAUUGGUGAAUAUCUAAGAAUCAUGGUGCUUAUUGAUAAUUCUAUGUUUUAUAAUUUAGUUUCAGAAUUUUGUACGUUAUAUAUCAAGUCAUUCAUAAGAGUGUAUAUUACCGCAUUUGUGAAAAGUACUGUAGUGACAAACUCCUCCAAUGUUUAUCUAACAUUUGUGCUAUAGUACGUUCUUAUAAUACAGAGCUCAAUAUAUUUGUCUGCAAGGUAUAUCAUUUAGAUUUAGCAUCAUUGAAAUAGAUAACCAUUACUAGGGUUAGGGGCGAUGCUUUUUAUAUCAAGCUAUAAUAUAUUCUGCAAAAAAUGUCCAUUUCUGAAGGUCAUGAAGUUGCUACCAAGAUAUAGAAUAGAAUUCUUAGUCUAUACUCAAUGUGUUUCAGAUUUUAAUGCUGAUACUUAUUUGUUUCCCUUAGAUUUAUUUAAAUUUUGUUUAACAGAAAUUUCUGAAUUUCUGUCAGUAUGAGGUUUUAAACCAAAAUCAUAAUACUUUUCCAUAUCUCAGCCAAGAGUGGUUAUUUCACAUUCAUGUUACCUUUCGCAGCUAAAUUUAGCAAUUUUGUGCUGUGAUAACUAUUGUGACAUAAUUUGGUGCCAAUCAGUGUCUUAUCUAUAAGUAUAUAUAAAUAUAUUAUAUAUUAAGAUGAGUUAAUGUCUAUGAUAGUGUAUGGAAAGGAAUGAGGGAUUAGAAACGCUUCCUAAUUGGAAUUUACUCGAUGCACAGUUACCAUGUUGAAGUAUACAUGGUGUUUUAUGUAUAGAGUAAAUAGAAAUUGAUGGCAUCAGUUCCCUUAGUUUUAAAUGAGAUAUUUUAUAUAUGUAACUUGUUUCACAGUUAUUUCUAACCCAUUUCAUAUUGUAAUGAACACACACUUCAAGAUUCUGGCUUCAAAAUACAGUACUAUAUCAUAAUCUUUAAGGUAAGAAGAAUGUUCAGAAAAUUUGUGAUUCAAGACUUGUGUGCUUAAACUUAUUACUGUACGCCACGCUUAUGGAGCCUUACUCAUGAGAACUUAUGAUAGAAUAAAUGUGAAUAAAAUA